UUGGAAAUCACGAAAAGAAUAUUGUUACUUUAUUAAAGUCAAGAUUAUUAUGGCAAACCUCAACCGCUGGUGCCGAGGACGCACUUUUAAAGAAGCCCCAAACAGUUUACUGUGGUUAUGAUCCUUCUGCAGGAUCUUUACAUAUUGGUAAUAUGGUAACACUCAUAACCUUAGUCCAUUUUAUGAAAUUUGGGCAUAAACCUAUCAUAGUGAUAGGUGGUGCUACUGGUCGCCUUGGAGAUCCUUCCUGGCGAACUUCCGAAAGGCUAGAUCUACAGGAAAAAGUUUUAUUAGAAAACAUCACAGGAAUUAGGCGAGAUAUUGCCAACUUUUUUAAUAAUUCUAUGAACUUUGUUAAAACCAAAAACUUGAUUGUUAAAAAUACUGAGGGUGGCGGCCAAAACUGCGCAUAUAGCAAUAAUAUGGGGAGCGAUAUCAGUUUCCCUGAAGAGUUAAAAAUACUAAAUAACUAUGAUUGGUACACUAAUUUUAAUCCUAUAAGUUUUUUGUCGCUUGUUGGUAAGCACUUUCGUCUGUCGAAUAUGCUAGCCAGAGAGUGCAUCAAAACUCGCCUUUUCGUCGGCGAGGGAGCAACUCUCUCUGAAUUAUGUUAUCAAGUAUUUCAGGCCUACGACUUUUUGCAUUUGUUUUGUACGCACCAAUGCGAGUUUCAGAUUGGAGGAGAUGAUCAGUUUGGUAACAUUGUUGGAGGCACGGAACUAGUGAGGAAGGUUACUGGAUACUCUGUCCAUGGCGUUACAAAUCCUCUUUUAACCAACAAAAAUGGUGAAAAGCUAGGAAAAAGCGCUGGAAAUUCGAUUUGGUUAAACGCAGAGAAGACUUCUCCUUAUUACUUCUACCAAUAUUUUCUAAAUGUUUCUGAUGAUGAAGUGGAAUAUUUACUUAAAGUGCUGACUCUCCUACCUCUUGAUGAAAUACAGUUCAUUGUUAAGGCUCAUCUCGCAGAGCCCGAAAAGCGUCUUGCUCAGCAGGCACUUUCCGAGCACCUGACUUUUCUCGUCCACGGAGGGAGAGGCUUGCGCCAAGCUAAAAGUGUUACUUCAAUAUUAUUUAGCGGAAAUCUGGAGAAUCUGUCGGUUGACGAACUACGCACUGUUUUUAAAUGCUUUCCUACCGUUUUUCUCCCUAAAGAGUUGCUGCAACGGCCCCUCACCGUGCUGGACUUGGCCCCCCGCAUGAACUUAUCAAAAGGCGCCGUGCGCCGCUUACUUGCUUCGAAGGGUCUUUAUCUUAACAAUAAGACUGUUAACAGCGCCAAUCCCCAAGUCACCACACGCGAUUUGCUCCACCAUCAAUUCACCAUUAUAAGAAUAGGGCGAAAGAACUUUUAUUUUUUUGAGUGGUCCUAAAAAAGUUGCAUAUCGAGAGUGUUCGGCUUUUAAGUUGGAAUGGAUGUUUAUAAAAAAAUUGGUCAGUUUUGCACUCCUUUUUUCUCCAUUUUUACUAUAAAAGUUCCGGU